ACAAAAAAAGAGAUGCGUGAAAUGAAACAUGACAUAGAGAGAGAAGUUGAGUAAAAAGAAAAUAAAGAAGAAAGAGAGAAAUGACGAGAUCGGUAACGCCAAGAAGAAGCAGUCUCAAAAGAAAACCGCAUUUCAGAAUGGCGGUUCCUUACCCUUCCAACAAACCCUACCGUGUUUUCUUUCUCUAACCCUCUCUUCUCUUUUCCAUUCUCCUUUUCAGAUCGUGUUACAGGGAUGGCUGCUUCUGAGGUUGGUAAAAUACUGUACAUGGUUGUUGUGGAUGAAGGCGAGAAGAAGGUGAAAGAAAAAGAGAAGGAGUCGUUUCGGUAUACACGUCCUGUUUUACAGAGUACACUUCAGCUUAUGGGAUGUAAAGCUAGACAUGCUUUCAAGAUCAGUCGAAGAGUUUUUGAACUUACAAGGAGUGGGAGUUCCACUGAUGCUUUCAAGACCGAAGGGAUGGUUUUAUCAGGUUUUGAUGCUUCCACAGGAAAUGUGAAAAAAGAUUGUCACGACGCUGCUGCCUGCCUGGGUAAAACAGAUAUGGGAAACCACUUACUUUCAGGGAAAGGUUAUGGAAGUAAGAGUGUGCCAUUUGAGUUGUACAAAAGGCGUACAACCAUAUUUGUUCAGAGAGAAACUUUUUUAAAUAUUGUCUGUGAUGUUCUGGCCGAGUACAAGUAUGUGGGCCCAAACCAGAGAGCAGACUUGAUGCUAGCUUGCAGGAUUCGAGAACGGAAGGAAUCUGUGACAGUGCUGUUGUGUGGCACCAGUGGUUGUGGCAAAUCCACACUGUCUGCAUUGCUGGGAAGUCGGUUGGGAGUCACAACAGUGGUAUCAACUGAUUCUAUUAGGCACAUGAUGAGAAGCUUUGCUAAUGAAAAGGAAAACCCUUUGUUAUGGGCCUCUACCUACCAUGCAGGUGAGUGUUUAGAUCCUGUCGCUGUUGCAGAAGCAAAGGUAAAAAGGAAAGCAAAAAAGAUGGCUGGUGUAACUGAGGGUCACAACUCUAGCAAAUCAGACAUACAGACAUUGGAGGGCGGCUGUGGUGCAUCUGAACUGUUAAAUGCAAAGCAAAUGGCUGUUGAGGGAUUCAAGGCUCAGAGUGAAAUGGUGAUUGACAGUCUAGAUAGGCUAAUUACUGCAUGGGAAGAACGAAAAGAGUCUGUUGUUGUUGAGGGUGUUCAUUUGAGUCUCAACUUUGUUAUGGGGCUUAUGAAGAAACAUCCUUCAAUCAUACCCUUCAUGAUAUACAUUACAAAUGAGGACAAGCACUUGGAACGAUUUGCCGUACGUGCAAAGUAUAUGACAUUGGACCCAGCUAAAAACAAAUAUGUAAAGUACAUCAGAAACAUAAGAACAAUCCAGGAUUACCUCUGUAAGCGGGCUGACAAACAUUUAGUUCCAAAAAUAAACAAUACAAAUGUGGACAAGAGUGUAGCAGCCAUCCAUGCUACUGUGUUCAGCUGCCUACGCAGGCGUGAGGCUGGGGAACAGUUGUAUGACCCUAUUAGAAAUAUUGUAACUGUUAUUGAUGAGGAAUAUAGAAAUCAAUGUGCUGCCAAUUCUGUGAGCUCUAAAGGAAUGUUUCAAUUGAUCCAACGACAAGGUUCUUCAAGGCAUCUUAUGGCUCUUGUAAAUACUGACGGGUCCGUCGCAAAGGCUUGGCCUGUUAAUUCAGUAGACUGUAAUGGGAAGCCUAUAUGGGGUUACGGACAAGAGAAUGAAAUUGGAAGUCCAAUGUAUGGACCCUUGCGGAUCGGUAAGGCAGAACCUGUAAACCUUCAGUUUGGUUUUUAUGGGAUGAGUGCUUGGCCCUGCGAUGGUGGAACAAGCCGUGCUGGAAGUGUUGAUGAGUCAAAAGCUGAUGGGACUGACACGGGUAGUAGAUACGUAUCCUCCUGCUGUAGUUCACCAAGGAUGUCUGAUGGACCUUCAAAGGAGCUUCAGGAGGAGCAUUCAGUGCAUGGUAGCGAUGAAGAGAUUGAUGAUCAAUUAGAGGUGGGCAGUGAUGAUGAUUUCAGUGACGAUGGUGACAAACAUAUUCAUGAGGAGGUUGGCUCAGUUGAUGAGGAAUCAACAAAGUCUGAUGAAGAAUAUGAUGAUUUGGCAAUGCAAGAUGCGCCUGAAAAUGGAUAUUGGUCAGACGAUGAUGAAGAGUUUGGGAGUAAAGUUGAUAUUGGUCAUGGGGACGUAGGAACUAAAACACAUGGAAAUAAGUAUCGUCAAAACCUGGAUCUCUUCCUUAGAACUAGAAGUGAGCCAGUGCCAGAUUCCUUCUGCUCAUAUUCCUCUUUGCUAAUGGAAAAUGUUGAAAGGAGACUGCCACCAUCUGGCAAGGCCAAAAUGAGGAAACGUUCUCUUAGUAUUUCAGCAUUGGGAAAGGGUAGUUCAGCAAUCCAGGAUCCCAUUCUCUCUGGUACUCCUCAAAGGUAGCAGGAUAUUAUUUCUUUAGAUGAAAUCCUUGACAACUAUCCCAACUUUUUCUUCUACGCCAUUUGGCUUAAGGAACUUUGUUGUUGUGUCUUAAGUAAGGUCUCUUGAGUUUAUAUCAAAACUAUUUGUUUUGGUAUAGAGGAGCUAGUUAAUUUAGAUUGAGAGUUGUGAACACUAGCGAGAUUUUGCUUGCCGUCUAUAUCAAGAUGAAAUUGACAGAACUAAACGUGUACUCUUCUAAUUAAGAUGCACAAUUGCGGUUUUUAUUAAACGAUCAAGUUUCUGUUUUA